AUGAGCAACUCUUAUGGAUUUCAAUUCCUUUGUGGAAUUCUUCUCUUAUUCAUGAAGACAAGUCAGAACUCAGCAACUGCAGCAACCAUGCAAGGAAAUGAAACUGAUCUACACACUCUACUUGAUUUCAAGAGUAGGAUAGUUCAUGAUCCAUAUGAUAUUAUGAGUUUGUGGAAUGAUUCCACCCAUCACUGCAACUGGGUCGGAAUUACUUGCAACAACUCCAAUGGAAGAGUCAUGUAUUUGAUCCUAGAAAACAAGGCACUAGCUGGAACUGUUCCACCUUCUAUAGGAAAUCUCACAUUCCUUACAAGACUUAACCUUAGAAAUAGUAGUUUCCAUGGAGAGUUUCCUCAAGAAGUUGGACAUCUACAAUUCCUGCGGCAUCUAAACAUUGGUUACAAUUCUUUUGGUGGUAGUCUUCCAAGUAAUCUAAGUCACUGCAAAGAACUAAGCAUAUUAUCUGCUGGUCAUAACAACUUCACAGGAACAAUUCCACCAUGGAUGGGAAACUCUUCAUCUUUAUCUUUAGUUAACCUUGCUGUGAACAACUUGCAUGGGAGCAUACCAAAUUCACUAAAUGGAAACUACUUGUCUGGAACAAUUCCUCCUUCAAUUUUUAAUAUUUCUUCCUUGCACUUUUUCACUGUUUCUCAAAAUCAUCUUCAUGGUAACAUCCCAUUUGAUGUUGGUUACACUCUUCCUAAACUUGAAACAUUUGCUGGUGGGGUCAACUAUUUCACUGGACCAAUUCCUGUGUCACUGUCAAAUGCAUCGAGACUAAAAAUUCUUGACUUUGCUGAAAAUAAUCUCACUGGCACAAUUCCUAAGAACUUAGGAAGAUUGCCCCAUUUAAUAAGACUCAAUUUUGAUGUUAAUAGACUUGGAACUUGGAAAGCUGGUGAUCUGAAUUUUCUUGCUUCCUUGGUUAAUUGUUCUGCUCUUGAAGUCUUGGGCCUUGCUGAAAAUAGUUUUGGUGGAGAAUUGCCAAGCUCAAUUGCUAAUCUUUCAACCCAAUUAAAUAUACUUACAUUAGGUUCCAAUGCAAUUCAUGGAAGUAUCCCUACUGGGAUUGGGAACCUUGCAAACUUAACUGUUCUAGGAUUGGAAGAGAACAGCCUAAGUAGGUCUGUUCCUGAUUCAAUAGGUAUGCUUCAAAAGUUAGAAAGGUUGGAUUUGAAUGCCAACAAUUUUUUUGGGUUAAUCCCUUCAUCCUUUGGAAACUUGACAAGGUUAACUAUGUUAUUCAUGGAGGAGAACAACUUUGAGGGAAGUAUACCAACAAGUCUAGGAAAAUGCCAAAGCUUGUCGUUGUUAAAUUUUAGCCAUAAUAUGCUCAAUGGAACCAUACCAAGACAAGUCAUUGCCUUGUCUUCUCUUUCAAUUUACUUAGACUUGUCUCAUAAUGCUUUGAUAGGGUCUGUGCCUAUUGAAGUGGGCAAGUUGAUCAAUCUUGAAGAGUUGGACCUCUCAGAGAACAAAUUGUCUGGCAUGAUUCCCUCCUCUCUUGGAAGCUGUAUUAGCUUGGAAUGGCUGCAUUUACAGGGUAAUUUUUUUGAGGGAAACAUACCUUCAACUAUACAGAAUUUGAGAGGUUUACAAGAUAUAGAUAUGUCAAGCAAUAACCUGUUUGGGGAGAUUCCUGAAUUUCUUGGUGAGUUCAAAGUGCUCGAGCAUCUCAAUCUUUCUUACAAUGAUUUUGAGGGAAAAGUACCAUUGAAUGGAAUCUUCAAGAGUGUAACAUCCUUUUCAAUGUAUGGAAAUAGCAAGCUUUGUGGCGGUGUUCCUGAGUUAUAUUUACCUGCAUGCACAAUCAAAAAGUCCUCUUCCCUUGGCCCCAAGGUGGUUAUCCUUGUAGCUAUUGCUCUUGUAUUUCUUCUAUUACUAUCUUGUUUUCUUACAAGCAUUGUAGUAAAGAGAGCAAGAAAGAGAAGCUACAGAUUAGCUAGCACAAAGGGUUUGGUAUUGCCAAUGUCAUACUCAGAACUUGCAGAGUGCACUUGUGGGUUUUCCCAGGAUAACCUUAUUGGCUCAGGAAGUUUUGGUUCUGUGUACAAAGGAACUCUUUCAAGUGAUGGAUCAAGUUUUGCAGUUAAAGUAUUGAAUCUUCAACAAAAAGGAGCUUCAAGGAGUUUCUUUGAUGAAUGCCACGUUUUGAGAAGUAUAAGGCACCGCAACCUUCUCAAGAUUAUAACUGCCAUCUCUAGUGUUGAUUAUCAAGGUAAUGAUUUCAAAGCUUUGGUGUUUGAGUUCAUGCCUAAUGGAAGCCUAGAAGAUUGGUUGCAUCCUAUAGAUAAUACAAAGACACUAACAUUUAUCCAAAGACUGAACAUAGCAAUUGAUGUUGGUUGUGCAUUGGAAUAUCUCCAUCACUUCUGUGAAACUCCAAUUGUUCAUUGUGAUAUAAAGCCAAGUAAUGUACUUCUUGACAAUGAUAUGGUUGCUCAUGUUGGUGACUUUGGAUUAGCUACCUUUCUAUUUGAAGAAUCUAGCAGUUUUUCUAAGCAUUCAACUAUGUCCACUAUCCUAAGGGGUUCUAUUGGAUACAUCCCUCCAGAGUAUGGAAUGGGAGGCCACCCUUCAGCAAUGGGAGAUAUUUACAGUUAUGGGAUACUAUUACUAGAGGUUUUCACAAGAAAAAGACCGACGGAUGAGAAGUUUGAAGGUAGCAUUGGAAUUCAGCAAUUUGCAGCCUUGGCUUUACCAAAUAAUGCCAUGAAUAUAAUUGACCCUUUAUUGCUUUCUGAGCAAGAAUCUGAAGCAAAUAUAGAGGGUUGCUUGGUUCCAGUGUUGCAUUUAGGAGUGUCAUGUUCUACAACUUCACCAAGUGAAAGGAAGCCUAUGACUGUGGUCGUUAACAAACUGCAUGCAAUCAAGAACUCGCUUGGAAAUGGAACUUUUGCUCCUAAAUGUUCUGCCUAUGGUACCAAUAGACCCCCAUUUUGCUUAUCCCCAAAUGACAAGAAAGGUUGCAACUUUCCAUUCCUCAAACUUGUUCCAAACAAGGGCAUUCACACUCUUCAUGCUGUGCCAUCCAAAACUCAGGUGGACUUGGACAGUUUGAUUAACCAAGCUCAAACAAAAGAUGAACCAAGGACUGUUCAUGUCAAGUUUCAGUUGAUUCGCAUUUGCAAUUACGGGGAACACUUUCAAGUGGUUGGUGAUGAUCCUAUGUUUGGUUCAUGGAAUCCUUCUAAAGCAGUUCCAAUGACCUGGUCAGAGGGGCAUAUAUGGACUGUAGAGCAGGAUAUACCUGUUGGAAAGUCAAUCCAAUUCAAGUUCAUCCUGAAAAGGAAGCAAGGUGAUAUUGUAUGGCAGCCCGGCCCAGAUAGAAUUAUCCACACUUGGGAAUCUAUGCACUGUGUCACUGUUUGUGAGGAUUGGGACAAUGCUCAACUUCAGAAAAUAACAGAGGAGAGUCAAAAUGCAUCCUCAAAUGAAGAACCCAAGACUGAAUCAGAAAAGGCAAAUUCGGUUCUUCCUAAAGAGAAGCACAAAUCCAAUGCACCCAAAGUCCUGAAAAACACUUGUUGA